GAUUACACUGCUUGGGUCAGAAACCGAAGUGGCAACGAUCACCGGAUAGAAAGUGUCAAUAACACAUAGAUCUUUAUUGAUUGAGGCACCAAGGUUAUUGCACAAGUAACUGGUUAACCAAAAUUGUUUCACUAUAGACCGACAAGUCAAACUUGUCUGGGAGAGAUUUUUUUCAACGCAUAAGAAACCCACAAAACAUGUCUGGAUGGGUUGGAGGACCCCCAGGAGCGGUACUGGAUGAAGAUGACCGUGCCUCUCCCAGUGGGACCCGCCAACUUAAGUUGGAAAAACAGAGGCGAAUUUUAGAUGAACAGAAAAAGAAAAAGCGCAUGCAACAAGGUAUACUGCAACCUAAUGAGGAGCGUCCUCGCUCUGGCAGAAGGGGUAGGGAUGAUGCUAGUAAACCUCUUAUGAAAGGUCCAACCAACAAGGAGCAACAAAAACAGUAUCACCAGCAUGCUUAUGAUGGGCCAGGCCAGGCCUAUGACAAGUCCAAGAAUACAGUUCAGGUGUUACAGGUGACAUCAGGAUCCUCGAAAGACUUCAGCAGUAGCAGUGGGGAGGAGGAUGACAUACCAAACAUCAAAAUGACGUCCAAAGACUCCACAGAAAAACUGAGCUCUAAAAAGAUCCCUACCAUGAUGACAGCAGAGGCAGAUGACAAUGUGGAGGACAGUGAUGAAGAUCCUGAGAGCACAGUGGAACCUGGACCUGUCACCCCAACACAUGGAAGAAUACCCCGACCCAGAAGCCACAGUCCCUAUAGUGCAGGCAGUCCAACUAAUAUACCAACAGAAAGUGAAAGAAAUGAUUUGAACAAUCCUCCAGGAGCUACAGGCAGAACUUUAAAUGUAGACCCCACUGAUGAUUUAGAAAAAUUUGUCAUUAUGCCUGCACCCCAGGGCGCAACCAUCAAAUGCCGUAUUACCAGGGACAAAAAGGGGGUGGAUCGCAACAUGUUUCCAACUUACUUUCUUCAUAUGGAAAGAGAUGAUGGGAAAAAGGUUUUCCUUCUUGCUGGCAGAAAGAGAAAAAAGAGCACUACAUCCAAUUACCUGAUCUCUGUUGACCCAACAGAUCUGUCACGUGGUGGAGAGGCUUUUGUAGGCAAACUGAGGUCAAAUCUGCUUGGUACACAAUUUACUAUUUUUGACAAUGGUGACAGUCCCAAGAAACCAGGAGAAUCAUCUCGGCAGGAGCUGGCUGCUGUGGUUUAUGAGACAAAUGUCCUAGGUUUCAAAGGGCCUCGCAAGAUGACUGUGAUCAUUCCGGGCAUGAAUCUGGAUCAUGAGCGUGUGCCUGUGGCUCCCAGAUCGGAUUAUGAUGGUCUUGUGGAAAGAUGGAAGCAUAAGAGAAUGGAGAAUCUUCUGGAACUCCACAACAAAACCCCUGUGUGGAAUGAUGAAACACAAUCCUAUGUGCUGAAUUUCCAUGGAAGAGUAACUCAAGCCUCAGUGAAGAAUUUUCAGAUUGUCCAUGACAAUGAUGUUGACUACAUUGUGAUGCAGUUUGGGCGUGUAGCAGAAGAUGUGUUCACAAUGGAUUUCAACUAUCCAAUGUGUGCUCUUCAAGCUUUUGGGAUAGCUCUCAGUAGCUUUGAUAGUAAGCUGGCAUGUGAAUAAAACUUGGUCUCAGAGCAUGAUUAAAUUAAUUUGACAGAUACAUCUGUUUUGUCAACUGGAUCCAUAUUAAGCAAGAAUGUGAUAGGAAUUUAAUCAGACCAAGAUUCACAUCUAGAACGGACUGUAUACCCCAAAAAUAGAAUACUGGAAGUUGUAUAAUACAUCUAGACUUAAAAGGAAUUUAACAAUUAUAUAAUUGUAUACAUAUGUGCUAGCUUGGAGGUACUUCAUUGCUCAUGACAUUUGUUCUAUUUUAUUGACUAUAUUCCAUGCAUGUAAGGCCACAGUACUGUGUUUUGAGAAGAAUGUGGGCCACUGGAUAAUAUUGCCAGUCCCAUGUGGUCCAAGUAAAGGUCACAUAUACAUAAAAUGUCCCCAAGUGUGCAGAGUAUAAUGAAGAAGCAAAUAGGAGAUCCAGAUUUAUUGAUGACCUACCAUUUUGUUAUGUAUUUGGAUAUUCAAAUGGGUAUUCCCUUUAGAUUGGUUACAUUAACUUUUUUGAGUGGAAAAAGAUGACAGGACAAAGAGAAAAAUGUUGUACUAAGACACAACUAUCAAAACCAUCAAAUUACAUCUUUUCUGUUGUUUAUUACAAGUUAAACAUAUACAAUAAAGAAACUUUAGCCAGUGGAUUCAUAAAUUCAUUGGCACAGUAUUUAAUGGUAUGGUAGAUGAUCAUUUACAUUGCAUUACAUUACAUACUGCAUUAUAUCCAAAUCAGUAGUAGCAUAAUUAAAACUAGGCAUUUGAUCCAAAUUGAAAACGCAUUUUAAGUGUGACAAGUAAAGUUAAGUUUAUGUGUAAUAUGAUGUCACUAGUAACAAAAAUAUGUAAAUAAUGCUACAGCUUUUUGUGUCAGGCAUUUCAGGGUAUUAGGAACUUGUUAAAUGGCAUCAAAUCCAUGUCUUUAUGAAUUAUCAUGGUGUUUUGUAGUGAUCUUCAAAAUAAGGAAAACUUCAAAUAGAAGUGCUAGCUUUAAAGGAGAGGUAGAAGUUGGGAUUUCUUACAAGAGAAAAAUUCAGGAAACCCAAGUGUGCAAUUUUCUAUAAAGAACGUAACCAUGAAGUGUUUUCCUGAUCUAAGCUUAAAUGUAGUAUUGUCUGUCAUAGUGCUUAUGAUAUAGUAUUCUAUUAACCGCACUAUAAUUGUUUGUGUUAUAUUCAUACCAUUGUACUUCAGUGUAAGUUCCCAUAUAUCAUUGAUAAUUGGGAUAACAAAGACUUUACCCAUAAUGACAUAUAUUUACCAGGACUAUGGGUCUUUAUGGUACUAAAAAGUACAAGUUAGGUCACAUAGUCAGCAACCAAAAAAAUUCACAUUUCAAACAUCGCAAUUUCUUUUGUGGAGUAAAGUAUACUUUAAAUUCCCAGAAAUCUAUUAUUUUUUACAUCCGAAUACUACUUGUCAUUACAGUUAGGUCACAGAUAAUUUCAUCUUAAAGGAUCCUAGUGAAGUACAUUUUUACUUUUUUUUCUAAGCCAAUUUUCUAAUUAUAGUUCCAGUAUUAUUGAUUUUAAAUGGGACCAAAAUAGUUUGAACCGUCCAUGAAGCAUUUUUUUGUGAUGAAGCACUAAUAAUUCUAUAUCACUGUUAUAUUAUUUUAUUCAAGUUUAACUUGUAGUCAUCUUUUUUCUGUAGAGGUUAAGAUUGAUCCUUUUGUAACUUUGGAAACUUUUACCAAGGAAAAUAAUAGAGCACUGACAACAAUGGAAAUGAGAAGGCGUCCAACUCUUAGUGACUGUAUGAUUUUCAUGAAAUAAAAAUAUUUUCUGACUGAUAAACUCAUUUUGUCCACAUCAAGUUCUUUUCGCAGAAAAACUAAACAAUAUCUUCUGUAUUAUUUAUGUCUGUGUAAUUUUCUUGUUUAGGCGGUAAAUAAGAGUAACUCAUGACUUGAUUUUAUGCAGCAAAGUGUGUUAUACAGAGACCAGAUUGGAACAAAUAACACAUUCUCUUUUACUAAAUAUAA